GCAGGCUUCUCUCUCCGAAUUUAGUUUUGGGAGAGCCUAAAUUUGGAUCUUGGUUCCAGGUUCAGAUCUCUCCCCAAUUCGCAUUCUAACAAACACACUUUCGAUCUCCUUUUCUUCUUCGUUUCUAUCACUAUAUAAAAAAAAAUGUCCGCAAUUUCAGUUCAUCAGUUUGCUCAGUGCAUAACUUGCCAUGCUUGGAGUCCAGAUUACUCCAUGAUUUCCUUUUGUCCAAACAAUAAUGAAGUUCACAUUUAUAGAAUAGUAGAAGAGAAGUGGGAGAGAAUACAUGUUCUUCAAAAGCAUGACCAAAUUGUUUCUGGGAUAGAUUGGAGUGCAAAGUCCAACAGAAUAGUUACCGUAUCUCAUGAUCGAAAUUCAUAUGUUUGGAACCAAGAAGGAGUGGACUGGGUGCCAACCCUAGUUAUUCUUAGGCUCAACCGUGCAGCACUUUGUGUUCAGUGGAGUCCAAGAGAAAACAAGUUUGCUGUUGGAAGUGGGGCUAAAACUGUUUGCAUUUGCUACUAUGAGCAAGAGAAUAACUGGUGGGUCAGUAAGCUUAUCAGGAAAAGACAUGAUUCUUCUGUGACAAGUGUUGCUUGGCAUCCUAAUAAUAUUCUCCUUGCUACAACUUCUACUGAUGGAAAAUGCCGAGUCUUCUCCACUUUCAUAAAAGGUGUUGAUACAAGGGAUUCAGGAACAAGAUCCACAACGGAUUCAAAAUUUGGAGAGCAAAUUGUUCAACUUGAUCUCUCAUUUUGCUGGGCAUUUGGUGUCAAAUGGUCCCCAAGUGGGAAUACGUUGGCCUAUGUAGGUCAUAAUUCGAUGAUCUAUUUUGUUGAUGAAGUUGGUCCUGCUCCUUCUGCUCAAACUAUAGCAUUCCGCGAUUUGCCUCUCCGUGAUGUCUUAUUUGUUUCUGAGAGAAUGGUCAUCGGUGUGGGUUUUGAUUGCAAUCCAAUGAUUUUUGCUGCAGAUGAAAGAGGAUUAUGGAGCUUUGUUAGGUUCCUUGGUGAAAGAAAAACAUCAUCUUCAGGUGCAAAAUAUGGUUCACAGUUUUCUGAAGCAUUUGGGAAACUGUACGGCCAAUCAAAACUUGGAAUCAGCAAUGAUAUAGUUGAGCCUUCAAGACCACGUGGAGGCAUUCACGAGAACUCUAUCAACUGUAUUGUGCCACUUAAGAAAGAAGGGGAUUCUACAAAUACACGAUUCAGUACUUCAGGUCUAGAUGGAAAAGUUGUUAUAUGGGAUUUGGAGAACCAAGAAGAUUUAUCUGAAUAUUUGUAAAAUUUGAAACUUAUCAACCUCAUCGAUGUUGAAGGUUGUUUCAAAGCUCAAGUUCAUGUGGGACCUCUUUUUCUCUGCUACUACCAUGUAUUCUGUUGUGAAUAAUUGUCAAUUGCUUUACAGGUUUAGCCUACACUGAAUUCAAACUCCAGUUGAUUUUGAUUUGUAAUACAAAUGUUGUUUCUAAUCUGCAUAUCUGUGCACUGGCUGCAAAGGGAAGGUUGUUUAUUUUGUAGAAUGUUUUAGAUACACAUUCACAUUCUAUACUUGAAAGAACUUCCAAUGGUAUAUUCUUUACUUGAAUGUUCAUAAAA